GCCAGAGAUCCUACCGUACUAGAUUUACUGAGAAGACCACGACGCGCCAACCACACUCACUCGACGCAUGCAUGCGCGGGACAAAUGGAACGCGAGGCGAUCUCGUAGUCAGCUACUCCCGGAAGGCUGGAAAGCAUGGCUCCUACGACACCGGGCACGCUAGUGGUGGACACACUAUCACCGGACACGCUACCGGAGAAGUUCGAAAGAAGGAAGCCCAGACGCGUCGGGCAUUUGACGCAGAAAGGCCUCCCGCGCAAAAAGCCGGGACCGAAGCCCAAGCCGCUGGCGGAACGGCUGAGGGCUAGGGCGUUGAAGGAGAUCAAGCGCGUCGAGCGCAGCUAUACCCGCGAGCGGAGGAUUCAAGUGCUCCUGUGGUUGAUCAACCAUCGAGUACCCGAUGAGCGCACAACUCACCUACCGCGGCGCCGCAAGGGGCAACCGCUCGUGCUGGAACGAAGCGAGACCGAUCCGUAUAUCUGGUACCGCACGCCGACCUACGAGGAAGCCAGUGCGUUCUGGAAAGUGCCCGUUCCGACGAUCCAGGGAUGGUGGGACAGACGCAAAAAGAUUCUUGAGGGAACGGGAAUCGAGAUUCCUGAGGAAGUGGAAGGGCCGACGAAUGUUCACAGUCAGCCGCAGGCCAAUGAUGGGGACGGCCAAGGCGAAGGGGUUCGAGAGAAUGGUCAAGGAGAGGCUUCACCAUCCGGGUCCGAGCCAUCUCCAAACCAGAACCAGACUCUCGAUACUCCGACCUCGGUUCAGACGUCUACGCUGCCUGCUAUGCACGACCCGCUACCUCUGACCACCCGAGUGCGAGUUAUUGGGUCCGCUUCGCCGCCACCCCCCCGGAAGCCGCGUCCGGUUCGUCUUGAGCCCCGCCUUCUACCCGCCCCGCCCGUUCCACCUACUCAGCCCGUCCAGCCAACCCGGCCCGUCCCACCAGGCCGGCCCAUCCAGCCAGCCCCGCCCGUCCAACCAACCAAGCCCGCCCAAACCGCUCAACCCCCGCCGCAGAUACCCCCGGUACCGCCCGCUUAUAAUCCGGCGAAUUAUGUUGUCGUGUAUAUCGGGCCACCGGGCACCGGCCCGCAGCCGGGGCAGCACUGCCUUCAUCCCGGAGCUGUAUUGCCGGUGGUGUACUCGGGCCAGCCUUUGGAGGUCCCCCCGCUUAGCUACGCUGCCGUGUGGCCCAGCCAUCCUCCAGCUCCCGUCAUGCACCCUCCGGCUCCGGUUCCGGCUCCACCCCUCGGACACAGUGGUCCUGCUGUACAUCCCGGUCCGCACAAGCUCUCACAUGGACUUCAGGGACCACAAGGACCACCACAAGGACCGCCUGGACCACGCGUGCCAUCCGGCCCGCCCGCGAUCGCUCCCGGCCCUUCACACCGAGGCCAACCAGGAGUGCCACCUAGCCAGCAGCCACCCUCGAAGCCCCAAGGGGCCCCUACAACACGUGGGGUCCGCCCUCUCGCUCCGCGUCCAGACCCGGCAUCACAGCCUCAGUGGAGGCCAAUACAGAUCCCGGCUCCCGGUACUCAUGGCCGUCCCGUACCAUCACCCCCGCACGCACCCUACACGGGGCCGCCCGGCUACAUCAGCCCUUACAACAACCCACCACCCCAAAGCUUCGCUGCUGCCCAGAUGUCACACCCCCAUGCGCGUCCACACCCUCCCUCCGCUACCGUGCACACCGGUCCUCCACCGACAUCGGGCGCUCAAGCACCGCAGACAUCUUCAACCCCGGGCCCGCUGCCAAUAGCGCCAGCAAACGCGGCGCCACCUCAAGGCCAGCAUCUUGGCGCGCCACUUGGCCAGCAGCACCCAGCGCAGACAAAGUCGUUGCCUGUACCUCCUAGCUCGGAUCAGCAAGCGUCCGCCACGGUACGAGCUGACCAUCAGGUCCCACCGACCAAUGCAGCCGAGUCACAGCAGAAGGGGGGUGAGGGUACAGAUACGAAUGCCACUAAAAGCCAGGGGUCGCCAUCGUUCACCGCAUUUGAUCAAAGCCAAAGUCGGGAUGUAGAUGCCAAUGCAAGUAUAGCAGUAUCACCGGUGUCUUCGCCGAUGGCGGCAGCAAGCGCGCCCCAGAACGCAAGUGCGGCAACUCCCUUGGCAACAACUGCUACCCCCAACGAGGAUACGGCAGUAACGUCGCCAGCGGUAACAGCAGCCCCAGAGGAAGCACACCUCCCCAUGGAGGUGGACAAUGACGUAGAAGAGCCAGCGGAACAGGUGUCCACGGAAGAAGGUACACCGGCAGAAAAGACAGCGCCCAUGGAGAUUGACACCGACACCGCCCCAGAGGCGGGGAGUGAGACGCCGAUGGAGGUCGACACCGAGAUGGUGAGCGAGGCCCAUGCUGCAAUGGCCGCUGCUACCAAGGGAUCUCCCGAUUCCCUCUUCGGCUCAGCAGCGUCAACACCCGCUCCCUGACUCGUCUUGUCUCCCAGUUUCCCGGAUACUUGACUUUUUUGCUUGUUGUGGUGAUGGCUUUGUUUCACUUGAAGCUGAUGGUGUGAAAGCAUAAUAAUAUCUACCAAGGGAACUACGUAGGUGCUUAAUCUUUGUUUUAAUCUAAGCGGCUAGCGUCAGUACGAGAUACCACCAUCGAUUAGAAUAGGGAGAGGACUGUUGGUUCGACC